CCGGAAGUCAGAUGUUGCUGUUGAGUCACCCCUGACUGGUAAUAGCCAGAUAGCAGAAAACACCUAGAGAUGAACCUGGAGAACUCGGCAUCUUUGAACCAUUCCAGACAGUGAAUAAAUGCGUUUUUCAAUUAGGAUAUCACCUUGAGCGUUUGUGCUUUACUUUACAAGACUGACGUUUUAUCAAAAUGAUGGAAGAAAUUGACAGAUUUCAAGUACCACCAGUAAAUCCAGAGAUGAAGCUGCUGGAUCCUGCAGCAACGUCCACUUUGGAGGCUGAAACAGGAACGAGAGAAUCAGAGUCAGUCGCCAUCAACUACAAGCCCUCUCCGCUGCAAGUGAAGAUAGAGAAACAGCGAGAGCUUGCGAGGAAGGGCUCGAUGAAGAACGGAACUAAAACAAAUGUAUGGCCUCAUAAUAAUGCGCCGGCUAUGGAGAAAAAUAACGUUAUGGCCAGAACAAGGUUGGUUGUCCCUAAUAAAGGCUAUUCAUCCUUAGACCAGAGUCCAGAUGAGAAGCCACUUGUAGCACUGGACACUGACAGUGACGAUGACUUUGAUAUGUCCAGAUAUUCAUCAUCUGGAUAUUCCUCAGCCGAGCAAAUAAACCAAGACUUAAACAUCCAGCUGCUGAAGGAUGGCUACCGAUUGGACGAAAUCCCAGAUGAUGAAGACCUUGAUCUCAUCCCCCCUAAAUCAGUCAACCCCACCUGCAUGUGCUGCCAAGCCACUUCCUCCAUAGCCUGUCAAAUUCAGUAACCCCUCCUGUCCCAAGUCUGUGAGUUAAGCUCACAGUUAGCACUCUCAGCAUAGAUUAACUACUAAAGAACUUAAAAACAAUAGAAUGGGUGUAUUAAAAUGAACAUAAAAUAGGGAAAAAUAAUGAAUGAAAAUGCACAUGUAACUGUCUUUGGUUCCUCCUAUGGUAGGACGUGAGUAUCAUCACCAGAGGGCACUAGAAUUAGGUGUGUAUAUAAAUGCAUGGUGCAACAUUAGAAGAAUACAGCUCUUUUAAAAUGGAACAAAAAUGAACAUUUCACACUACAGACUUCUCAGUAACCUUCAGUUUUCCCAAUGUUUUUGUCUUAAAUACCCUCGCAGUCCAUCAGGAAGGGCCCCUUUACACCAAAUCAGAAAUGUUUUCCUUUUCACUUAUAUAAUACGUAUUUAAAAAUGAUUAAUUUAAAGAGUAAGAGUAUCUUUUGGCAGCCCUAAUGAUUUUAUUUUUAUUGAAACUCAGUUUCUGUUUUAUAGGUUUAUCAAAGCAAAAUCAACGGGGUUUUUUUUUUUUUUUCUUUUUUGUAAAUGACUGCUCUAGAACAUUUGCCUUUGUUUAACUGAUGCUUCUGAUGUUAUUAGGACAGAUGUGUUUGUUUUGUAAUGAAAGGGAGUGUAUAGUGACCAGGUGAAUUUGUUUCUCAGAUCAUUUACAUUGCAGAUGUACGUAUUAAUAUAUUAUAUGUAGCUUUGUAGCAAACACUAAUAAAGUAAUUCUCUUAAAUUGAGAUAUCCAUACAGAAGACACCGAUCUGCUACGAAAUUGACAGCAGAUGUAAUUGUUAAGUCAGGGAAUUUCAUUGAAUAAUUGAGAUGUGUUUACUAAGAGACUUUAUUUUUUUGAACAUAUUCUAUUGUGUUCAGUGUUUCGGUCAGUGUUGCUGUACACAAACCCAACAGUUAAACUGGAUUAAAGGAACUUAAAUGUUAGUUUUCAAAGAUAAACUAAAAAUGUACCUCGACAUAAGACACAAGAUAAUUCAGUACAGUAUUCAUCAUUUCUGAGAGCUCUUUGUUUUGAGAAUUGUUGCAAUGUAUUAGGAGGGGAAGAAAGCUUGUAUUGAUUUACUUAUAGAUAAUAGCAGCUGCCAGAUACAUGUCCCAUAAUCUGUGUCCUUAACAGGACAAAAAUUCUAUCAAUUCUGUUCAUCCGAUUUCUGUCAGAAUGCACAAAAUGUGUUGUUUCUUUAUUUUAAAGAUGGAAAGGUCAUGAAAUGCUUAUAGCCAGCAUUCAAAAUGUUGCCAGAAAUCAAUUUGACACUUUUGUGCUCUCGUCUUUAUAGCAAUUAGAAAGUGCAGUACCAUUUUGUCCGACAUUAAGUGUAGUACUCUGGAACAGGAUACUCUGCAUUUGCUGUUUCGCUUCAAUUUGAUGCCUUCCCUUACAAAUGUCUUUAUAAAUUCAUCUCAGCUGUUUGAGUCAGUGGCCAAAUCUAUAUUACUUCUGUUAAAUACAACAACAACACUACAACACUCAGAGUAUGAAGGUCUUUGCAUCGAUUUGAAGAUUGUACUGUUCUCUACAUUAUUUCUGUUUUCUUUUUGUCAUGCAACAGUUGUUUAUUUUGUACAACUUACAGAGCACCUUAUCGUCUUGCGUGUACAUUGUCACCCAGUUGCCAUUGCCAGCUGUAAUUAAAUG